UAGAUAUUGCGAGGUUCUAUGAUCUAGCUUUCAGGAUUAAUGUCUGCAAGUCAUGUACCUCGUCUUACAGCUAUUCCCCCUGAUCGUGGUUCAUUUCCUUUGGACCACGAAGGUUUAUGCAAGGACGUUAGUGAACGUUACUUGCGUUGUGUGAAGCAACUUAGGGGUAACGCUUUUGACUGCCGUUCUCUUGCUGCCGAGUAUAUGAAAUGCCGUAUAGAGAACAAUCUAUUGGUUGAAGAACCUUUAUCUAAUUUUGGUUUCCGUGAGAAGGAUAUACAACCUUGUCAUCAGGAAUCUGUUGUGAACACUGCUGUUAGAGGUAACGACUUGAUUCCACAGCGUGAAAGUCGUAAAGAAGCUCAGGGAUUCAUUGCUGGAGAGGCUGUUGUUGACAAUUAUGCUCGUAAUCAAUCUGCAUUGUCCCGGUUUUUAUCAAAGUUCCUGAGUUGAAUAAAUAGAUCCCGUUGGGUGCCAAUAUA